GUAGCUUAUGGUUUAUAUAGCAGUGUCACCAAUAGUGUUCUCACCAAGCUGUUUUUGUCAGGCAUACCACCUGGCUGAUUUCCCCCAGCUUUUCUUUGUGCCAACACCACCCAACAUCACACGCAGAGUUGGAUUUCCCAUACUGAAGCUGCAACAGAAGAAUCUUGAAGGAUAUGUCGGAUUUGCUAAUCUGCCAAACCAAGUAUACAGAAAAUCAGUGAAGAGGGGAUUUGAGUUCACGCUUAUGAUAGUAGGAGAGUCAGGCUUGGGAAAAUCAACACUUAUCAAUUCUCUUUUUCUUACGGAUUUAUAUGCAACCGACUACCCUGGGCCAUCACACAGAAUUAAAAAAACUGUUCAGGUUGAGCAGUCAAAGGUUCUUAUCAAAGAAGGGGGAGUUCAGCUGCUUUUGACAAUAGUAGACACACCAGGAUUUGGUGAUGCAGUGGAUAAUAGCAACUGUUGGCAGCCUGUCAUUGAUUACAUUGACAGUAAAUUUGAAGACUACCUAAAUGCAGAAUCACGAGUCAACAGACGUCAGAUGCCAGACAACCGUGUGCACUGCUGCUUAUAUUUUAUUGCUCCUUCAGGCCACGGGCUAAAACCAUUGGACACUGAGUUCAUGAAACAUUUGCAUGAGAAGGUCAACAUCAUUCCGCUUAUUGCCAAAGCUGAUACUCUCACACCAGAAGAAUGCCACCAGUUCAAAAAACAGAUAAUGAAAGAAAUUCAGGAGCACAAAAUCAAGAUUUAUGAAUUUCCAGAAACAGAUGAUGAAGAAGAAAAUAAGCUUGUUAAAAAAAUUAAGGAUGGCCUACCUCUUGCUGUGGUGGGAAGUAAUACUACCAUAGAAGUUAAUGGCAAGAGAGUACGAGGAAGACAAUAUCCGUGGGGAGUUGCUGAAGUGGAAAAUGGGGAACACUGUGAUUUCACUAUUCUGCGAAACAUGUUGAUAAGAACUCAUAUGCAAGAUCUCAAGGAUGUGACCAACAAUGUACAUUAUGAGAACUACAGAAGCAGGAAACUGGCAGCCGUGACUUAUAAUGGAGUUGAUAACAAUAAGAACAAAGGGCAAUUAACAAAGAGCCCACUGGCUCAAAUGGAAGAAGAGAGACGAGAACAUGUGUCCAAGAUGAAGAAGAUGGAGAUGGAGAUGGAACAGGUCUUUGAAAUGAAGGUCAAGGAGAAGGUUCAGAAACUUAAGGACUCUGAAGCAGAGCUUCAGCGACGCCACGAACAGAUGAAAAAGAAUCUAGAAGCUCAACACAAAGAAUUAGAAGAAAGGCGGCGUCAGUUUGAGGAGGAAAAAUUAAACUGGGAGACUCAACAACGUAUACUGGACCAGCAAAACACUUCCAGGACUUUGGAGAAAAACAAAAAGAAAGGGAAGAUAUUUUAGAAACAUUCCUGGAGCACCACUCUGUCAUACUUUAUAAGUUGCCAACCUGCCAGCCCAGACAUCAGUAUUUGUUGGAACCAUUCAGCCACUAUUGAAACCAGUUGCAUCCAUAAAUGUUGGAUUAAACAGCAUGACAUUUUUUUUAUAUAAUUCUUGAGGGAGAAACAUGCCUUGACUGAGGUUUUGUAUACUUGGAGAACUAUAUACUGCAAGUGAUUGCUUUCCCUUCUUCCCUCUAUCUCUUUUUAACAGAUGUCUUCAUUUAAGACACAAUAUAAAGCAUUUCCACUUGUAUAACUAAGGUCUUGGGGCUGAUUGCAGGAUACUCCACAAUACAUGGACUGUGGCUUACAAUGAAGAUAAAAUGCCAUACUUGCAUCUAACUUGCUUAUGCUUAUUGCUUAUGUAAUGCAAGACUUCCAUACAUUGUAAUUUACAACUUUCCUAUCAUUUUGACACUUCCAUUGUUUAAUUAUACACUUAGGAAUAUACCAUUUACAGUUGCACAAAAUGCUAUUUUUUAUUUUCUUUUUUAUAUACAAUCACCCUAUUGUGUUUGGUGAAAUCUUUACGUAUAUGCUAUUUCUAUUUAGUUACUUCUUUAGCCAGGAAAGUCUAAUUUCUGCUUCCUUUUGUAAUAACAUUUACUUAUUACAUUAUUUUGUUGUAGUAUGAACAGUUGAGUACAACUUUCCUCCAUCCUCAAUUUAUCAAUCCCUCCUUAUGUUUUCUGGUAAGGCAGCAGGAAUUAUUCUUUAUUGGUGAUUUCAAGGUCAAAUUAACAAGCCUGUUUUAUCCCUCUGUGCAGUCUAGUUUAUGUUUGACUAGACAUGAAAUAAUUGCCUAAUAAGAAGCGGAACAACAUAAUUUAGCUGUGUUCUGUUUUGUUUUUUUUUGUAUUGUACAAAGUCACAUAAUAAACAAUGUUGUGAUGUGAUACUGCAA